AUGACUUACAUAUCUCAGAUCUGUGCCCAAGCGCCCAUCACCCCUCACACCCCUUCGGACCUGUUUGCCGCGCUCGCCCUCUCCCCCGGCUUGGCCAAUACCUACCCAUACGACAUCCCCACCCUCCUCAUCUCCCCUCCUUCACCUUGUCUUUGCGCCGCCUCUCCCUCACCUUCCCCGAUCUUCCUCAAAGAAAUUAUCUACCGCCCUCUGUCCCUCCAAGAAGCCCGGCAGCUCACUCUGCUCCUCCACCAGUCUCUCUUUCCUGUCCGAACAUCCCCCAAGGGGCUGAUGAGCGAGAGUAUCCGGCUGGCGGAGGAGCUGCAUGAAGCGGGGAUCAGGUGGGAUCGGCGCAGGCGGGUGAUGGGGAUGCAUCUGAGGGGGAUAUGGGAGGAGGGCGAGAAGUUGGAAAGUGGGGGUGCGGGAGUGGGCGGGGAGGGGCAUCGUGCGAUGGAGCGAUACGUCCAAGGUAGCUUCCUUAGCAUUGCAGAGGACCCUCAUCCACUGGACACUAUGCCGAUCCCAAUCGAGCUGACCACCCGCUUUCCGCAGCACUCCACCCUCCCCAAGCUCACUCUACAAUCAGGUCUGGCACAAGCUCUUGGCGCAUCUACAGCUAUCGGUCCCCUCUCAAUCUGGGCUCAGCAUGGCGGUAUCACUGCUACCCAUAGCAACCAGAAUCGAGAGGAUGUACCGGCCACUGGCACGUUGAGCGCAUUCGUGCCCGCUUUCCCGCAGUCAGGCGGAGCAACGAAGGGCGGAUGGAGAGAGAGGAAGAAGGCUGGACUCAAAGUCAAGACGGGGAUGCCGAUGAAUCCCCGCGCCCGCGCGCUACAGAUACCCUGUUCAGCCACAUCCGCGUCGUUCGGUGUCUCUCGGUCGGCCAAUGCCAUCCUGAGCGGUCAAGGCUGGACAGCACGCACUGUCCGUAAGGUCAUCCGCGGACUCGAGAUAGCUGCACCCAAGGCGGCUGACGGUGGCGGGAAGAGGGUGGCGAGUACAAAGAGACGCGCUCAGGUACUUAGCAAGAAAGGAGUCGCGAUGGGGUACGAGAAUGGUCUGAGGGCGGCCAGGGGAAUGCUGAGGCUCGAGAAGGAUGAUGGGCUGGCUGUUGGGCCGAGGACUGCACGGAGGGUCAGUGUGGGUGGGUGGGAGCUGCAAUGA